AUGGUGUUGGAUAUAUCUGCGCUUGGCAGACGGUCUUUCAUGAGCCAAAAUGCACUCAGCGAAGUGUUGACAAAAGUGAGAGAAAGUGGCGAGGUGCCGAGCCACACCAGCAAGUCGACUGUAAAGAGACGAAAAGAAGAAGCGUGUGCAGUGGAGACUCCAUACGGUAGUUUGAUUCAGUCAUUUCAAGCAGAAAUGACAGAUGGGUCAAAGUUGGAGUUGCCCUUUUGCCAUCCUGCAGCCAUUCUUCACCAUGUGUCCAACGUGAGCAGUCGAGUGCAGCAUCUUCUGACAAAGGUCGCGGAGAGUCAUUCAAACAGCUUGGCUCACCCGUGGACACUGGCACUUUAUUUUGACGAAGUGUCACCUGGCAACCAGUUGAAAAUUAACAACAAACGUAAGCUCUGGGCAAUUUACUUCUCUGUGAUGCAAUUCGGAGGAUAUGAGCUCAGCCAAGAAGACUGUUGGUUCGUAUUGACUGUUGUUCGAUCUGAGACUGUUACACAAAUGAAGGGUGGGUUGUCACACCUGUUUCUUCAAUGCGUGAAACUUUUCUCACUCCCCAACGGCAACUUGGAGACCAGAAUUUCUUUGCGAUUACUUCAUGGCACAGAAAUGCUGUGCUUUCGCAUUGGUAUGUAUCUCGCCGACGAGUCAGCAAUAAAACUAUCACAGGAAAACAAGGGUGCUUCAGGAAAAAUGCUGUGCCUUUUCUGUCAAACAACAAUUCAGGCACGGUACGCUCCUGCGAAUUUGGGGAACUUGGUCCCUCAUCAUGAGCAUGAUCUUUCAAAGCUUUGUCUCCACAGUGAUACCUCCGUGUGGCAGAUCGUAGAUCACCUCGACUCACGGUUUGGCAUUGGAACGAAAAAGGCUUUCUCAGAAUUAGAAGUUCGUCUUGGCUUCAACUAUGUCCCAGGUGGUGUUCUUCUUGACAGAAGCAUGCGUGAGAAGUGGAAGCCGAUUAGCAUGACAUGUUUCGAUCCCAUGCAUGUGUAUCUAGUGGCAGGCGUUUUUCAAAGAGAGAUGACAUUGUUGUUGCCAUUGCUGUCUGCGCAGAGAGUGAAAGAAGCUGAUUUACAUAGUUGGUGUACUUCGUUCACAUUUCCGCACAUUCAUCGCAGUUCUGGUGCCACAGCGAAAGAUGUAUUUAGGAAGAAGUUCGAAGGUGACUUCAAGGCUACGGCGUCAGAGGUGCUAGCAGUAUAUCCAUUGCUGCGUGCGAGGUUCCAAACCAUCAACAGGGAGACAAUGGGCCAUGACUUGAAAAUGGGCAUUGAUUCCUUUUAUCGUCUCUGCGAUGUCCUAGACUCCUUGAAGCAUGCUGCGACCGGUUCCAUUACACCACUGUUGCUGCGUGAGAAGAUUGAAGCGCAUUUGGUUGCUUUCAAAGCUUCUUACGGAGUUGACUCAUACUUACCCAAACACCACUACAGCGUGCACUUGCCGUUGCAGCUGGAGCGUUUCUCUCAGCUGCCGACCUGCUUUGUUCACGAACGGUACGCCAACCAGCAGCACAGCGGUCACAAGUCUAUGGAGCGGAGCGUUCUCAGGGAAGCGGUCCUCUCGCACAUUCAUGACCUGAAGGAGCAUACCCAUCAUUCAGAAUGGAAGCUGGCACCACCAUCUAUGGUGAACGCAUGGAUGCAUCACACUGGUGUUUCAUUCUUGUCAGAUACCUUGAUGGUUUCGCCCACAGCAAGUCGUUGUCACAUUGACGACGUUGUGUGCAUUAGCCAGCCGUCAUCCUUGGCAAAGGUGAAAUUUCAUGUACGAUACGGAGAGAGUGUUUUCACUUUGGUCCAGUUCUUCGAAAAGUGUGGUGUGAACACGUUCAGAAUGUCUCCUGAUGCUGGAUUACAUUUCGUCAGCACUGAUCUCAUUGAGGGGUCUCUUGCGUACAAGCAGCUAGAUGAUGAACAAAUCCUAGUUGCGCCACAAAGUUUCUACAAGUCCGAUAUGACCAAAGGUCAGUAA